AAUGGUUUGUCCAAUGAGCAUGCGCUUCUUCUAUUAGGGUGUGUGUGUUUGUGUGUGGCGUAUUAGCCUCAAUGGAAACAUACACCUCGUAGCUACAAAGCUAGCAACGAAUUACUAACACCUGACUGCACAAUACCCGCCGACCUGUGAUGUCUGCGAUCGACUGGUACGCUCACAAAUCGCUCGGAGACGGACUUUUCUGGAUCCAGGAGCGAUUCUACCAGUCGGAGAACCGGGCCAACAUCUGGCUGCUGCGCGGUAGUCACCAGGACGUGGUGAUAGACACGGGUCUGGGCUUGAGGAGCUUACCUGACUACAUCGACGCCAAGGGGCUGCUCGGCAAGGACCCGGAGAGGAAGAACCCGCUGCUGGCCAUCGCCACCCACGCCCACUUCGACCACUCGGGCGGUCUGCAUCAGUUCCAACAGGUGGGCGUCCACAGCGCGGAGGUCGAUGCUCUGGCGAACGGGGACAACUUCGAGACGGUCACCUGGCUCAGCGAUCGGGAGAUAGCCGAGGCUCCGAGUCCAGGAUGGAGGGCGAGACACUACAAAGUCAAGGCAGUGCAGCCCACCCACAUACUGCAGGAGGGUGAUGUCAUUAACCUAGGCGACAGACAGCUGACGGUGCUUCACAUGCCAGGUCACUCCAGAGGAAGCAUAUGUCUCCACGACCGUGAUAAUAAGCUGCUGUUCAGUGGAGAUGUUGUGUACGACGGCGCCAUGAUCGACUGGCUGCCCUACAGCCGAGUCAGUGAUUACAUCAGCAGCUGUGAGCGUCUGGUGGGGCUGGUGGACAGCGAGCAGGUUGACCAGGUCCUCCCCGGACACUACAACGCUUUCGGUGCCAAGCGUCUCCACCGGCUCGCGUCCACGUACAUCAGCAGAGCCGGAACGUGCUCGGCGAAGGUCUCCACGCUGGCCUGGAGCUCUCUAGCCAGGUUGGCGCUGCGUGCGUCCAACCCUCGCAGCGCCUGCUGAUGAGAGCGGGCCGCGAAAGCUGAAGGAAGCACAAGUUGCACACGGGAAGAUGUUUUAAUACGAGGGGACCUACAAUGCAUUCAAAAAAAAGGAGAACCAACCUCUUUGUUAUAUAAUCCUGAUGCAUCUCUGUUCAUUCACAUAUGUUACCUAACAGAGUCCAGAUAAUUGUCAAACUUCGUCAAAUAUUCCCUUGUUGGGUUACAUAAGGCAAUAAUCAGGUUCAUAUGAAGCAAACAAUAUAAAGUAUUUACAAGUGUUAUCUUAAUAUUUAUUGAUGAAUAUGUGUAUUAUGAUUAGAUGUUUGAUUUUUUUUUAAAUGUUAAGCAGAUGUGACAUUAUAGCACAACAAUGGUACAGCUGUGCACUACAAACAGAGAACGAGGAUCUUUGUGUUCUCAUUCGAGGCAUUUCAAACACUCAGUAUAGCCAUAGCUCUUUUCUAUGCAUAUUCCAAUGCUCAGUGAAGACCCAGUGUUGACUACCUCCUAUGUUUGUUAGUGCUUUGUACUGUUGACAGAUUUAUGGCUUUGCUAUCGAAUCGCAGACAAAGUUUCAUCUCGGCCCACUCUACUUUGAUUUUUUAUUUAUUUAUUUUUUCUACUGCAGCUUUUAAAAGCUUCUUGGGUUAUUUCCAGAAGUGGGCAUCUCUGUUGGGAUAAUUGCACCGGAGAGAAAUGAAAGCAGACCGGAAACGGAUUGCCUUUAAUGACAAAGCACUAUUCUUGCAUGAAAAAUGUGAUCAUUGCAAUGCACAUGAAAAAUGAUUCCUUACAGUAUUUGUGUUAAACUAAAAAGCAACACGGUGUUUUAACCUGUUAUUAUAAUAUUUUUGUUUGUUUUAAAGUGUCUUAAUAUAUUUGUAAUUCUUAGCCAUUUGAUUUUCAGACAAUAAAUGUCUACCUUAAUUAAA